UCGUCAUCCCCUCACCCUUGUUUGGGAGUAUUUUGCUUCUCCUUUUGUCUUUACAAGGGAAGAGAAGACCCUCUCACAGUUGUGUCAUUUGUGUCUCGUUUCAUCAUCCCCACACACGGUGUGGAAAAGUGAUUUGUGUCAGAGUUAGUUGUACUCACCUUUGCCAUCGAUAUAUUCAUUCGUCUCUCUCUUCAAACCCACAUCCACAUACGCCAUGAAUCCAAAGGUUGUCUCGAAGACCAAAAAUUCCACCAAGAUCAUGUUUGCUCGUUUGUUUCUCCAAUCGAUCAUGACAAUGAAGAAGACCAAUGUAAGAACUAAUUCUGAUCAUGAGGAAUCGCGAAGGCGCAGCCUGAUAAUAGAUACGGCUGCGUAUUUAUCAAUGGCUCGAGUAGUCGGAUGGAAGAGGACGUGGAGCCGUUCCAUUAUUUUCAAGAUCAGAAAUAGAGCGAUUCGCAAAAAAGGAUCUGUGAAGAAGAAGAGGAGGAGACGCGUUGGUCGAAUUCAUCAGAAGAAUAGAUUGUUCAAAAUUGAGAAGCUUCGAAAGCCGGUGCCAGGAGGAGAAGCCAUGGAUGUUUGUGGGUUGUUGGAUGAAACUGUGCAUUACACAAAGAGUCUUUCUACCCAGGUUAAGGAGAUGCAAACUAUUGCUAACAACUUGUCUAAAUAUACAUAUAAUACAUCCAUGCUUUCUUUCCUUUCAAUCAUCUAAAAAAUAGACUCUUUUUCUUUUUUUUUUCCUGUUUCAAUCGCUA